AUGCUCAAGGCCGCGAGGGAAAUCCAGAGUCUUCUGGGCGAAGAUGCAGUGAGCAUGGAUGUAGAUGACCUUGAAUCUCAUGGGUAUUCUGAGGCAUCUACGACAAACAUCGACACUCGCCCGGUCGCGGUCAUCAUGCCUACUUCUACCGAGGAGGUUUCUUUGAUUGCAAAGAUCUGCAACAAAUACCGAAUCCCCAUGAUUCCAUUCGGCGCGGGAUCGAGCGUGGAGGGUAACUUCACUGCGCCUCAUUCCGGAUUCAGUAUCGACUUGUCUCGCAUGGACAAGAUCCUUGCCUUCCAUGAGGAAGAUCUCGAUGUCGUUGUUCAGCCCGGUGUCAAUUGGGUGAAUCUCAACGAUACUCUCAAGCCGGCGGGUCUUUUUCUUCCUCUGGAUCCCAGUCCUACGGCUCAUAUUGGGGGAAUGGUCGCGACAAACUGCAGCGGGACCAACGCUCUUCGCUAUGGAACAAUGAAAGACUGGGUCGUGAAUCUCACAGUCGUUCUUGCAGAUGGAUCCGUCAUCAAAACACGUCGCCGACCGCGCAAAACUUCCGCUGGAUAUAAUUUGAAUUCUUUAUUUGUCGGAUCCGAGGGAACUCUCGGUAUUAUCACGGAGGCAACUUUGAAGUUGGCAAAUGUGCCUUCGCAUUUCGGUGUUGCCACUGUCGCCUUCCCAACCGUCAAGGAAGCAUCUAACGCGGCGACUGCGAUGAUUCGCAGCGGAGUAUCUCUAGCUGCCUUGGAACUGAUGGAUGAUGUUCAGAUGCGAGUUUUGAACCAAGUUGGAGGCACUGCAGGAAAGCUCUGGCAAGAGAAACCGACCUUGUUUAUCAAAUUCUCCGGCUCGCAGCGGACCGUCGAAGAUAGCACCGGGGCUUCAAAGACUAUUAGUUCCGCCCAUGGAGGUUCAGAAUUUGUUUCUGCUACAGACGAGAAGACGAUGGAAGCUCUUUGGUCAGCACGAAAGUCCGCCCUUUGGGCCAUGCUUGCGAUCAGACCAGAAGGCACGCAGAUUUGGUCAACCGAUGUUGCAGUCCCACUAUCCCACCUCGCUGAGAUUGUCGAACAGUCUAAGGAGAACUCUUCGAAGCUUGGUCUAUUCUCAACUGUGUUGGGCCACGUUGGCGACGGCAAUUUUCACCAAACGGUUAUGUAUAAUCCGGAAAAGCCCGAUCAAGUGGAGGGAGUGAAGCGCUGUGUUGAUACUAUGAUCACACAGGCCUUGAAGAUGGAUGGUACAGUAUCCGGCGAGCAUGGAAUUGGCCUCGGAAAAAAGGAAUGUCUGGAGAAAGAGCUGGGUUCGGCCACUAUCGCUGUAAUGAAGACCUUGAAGAGGAGCCUAGACCCUUAUUGGUUACUGAACCCAGGAAAGGUCAUAGAUUUCUAA